CAACGAGAAAGCUCCCAAUUUUUAGUUUGUUUUCUUUAAUUCAAUUGGCAUUUUUGAAGCAAUUGGUGAAAAUAGAGUCUUUAUAGAAAAAAAAACGGAUCCCAUUUUCUGUCGGAGAACGACUUUUAUAGUUAAUUACGAAGUACCCAUUGUUUUAGUGUUUUUUCAGGAAUUGAAAAUGUCAAUGCAAAUAGUUCGUGAAGACCAGUCAAAUUCGACUAUUCUCCAGCCUUUUGCUAACCCGUUAUGGGCUCCUACUCCCGUGCAGAACGUCGCAAAUAGAAAGCAUCGCACGCUCAAAAUGUGUAUUGUUUUACCUGAUACUGGUUACGAUGUUACUCAAGUCUGCGAUUCUUGGCAUUAUUUUUUGAAACAAGGAUACAUGGUGCAUUUUGCAACUUUGACAGGAAAUGUUGCUCAGGCCGAUCAGAGACUUUUAGGUGGUUUUAAGUCUUGGUUUUUUGGAGCCACUGCUGAAACUUGUAGGCUUUACGAAAGAAUGUCUACCACUACUGAAUUUUUGAAACCUCUUAGCUUGUCCUCUGAAUCUUUCACUUUCAAUACCUAUGACUUAGUUCUUAUUCCAGGUGGCCAGGAUCCGGCAGUUUUGGAAUUUGUUCAAUGUUCUCGCUUGUCUUUCUUACUAUCCGAUUACAUUCCUUUGUGCUCCCGUGCAAGUGGUAACCACGUUUUGGGAACCAUUGCCCAAGGCGCUAUUGCCGUCCAUUGUGCCGCUCCAAAUCUCCAAAUUAAAUCGACAACUACUCCUCUUUAUAUGGAAAGAACAUCUUAUUUGUUGGGCGUUUCCAAUCCAUCUGCUUAUGCUUCUACACUUAUCCCAGCAGACAAGUACAAAGCUGGUCCGACUGCUUCUCAUUGGAUUUAUUCCGAUACAAAGUACUUUUAUGCUUCCGGUCGUUAUUCGGGUGAUGUUUCUCUGCUUUGUAAAGCCCUUCGCAACCUUGUCAGUAGUGCACUUCAUUGAUAGGUAUAAUGCUUGCUUAUCUUGGAUUUCACUUUAAGCACCGUUUUAUCCAAUUAUAUUGUUUCGUACGAUUUGUUGAAUUAGAAUAUUCCUUUCUCAUUUUACUACAUAUUUUCCCCUUCAUUCUGGUUAUUCUGUUUUCCUCUGUUAAUUUGGUCGAUUAUUUCAUUAUUUUAUCUUAGAUUGCUUAUGUACACUCACUAAUUUCCUCUAUGGCUUUCCUUUCCUACAAAUUUGAAUUUACUAGUACUGUCAUAUAGAACAGCUCUGAUUAGUUUAAAAUUAUACGCAUGUUUGUUUCUUUGUCUAUAUGAAAGGUUAACUAAUAAAAACUUUUAUUUUUCUAAUGCAAUCUUCUUUUUGUUGAUAGCUUGGCAAUACCAACCAAUUUUUUAACUAUAUUAUAUAAAGAGAAAUACCAUUCUGCUCCAUUUAAAAUAUUUUAAUAUCC